AUGUUUGAUGUUGAAAGAGAAUUUCCUAUUGUCGCUCUAUUUGAUGAAAUAAACAGGAGAUUUGCUCUUUUAUUUCACCAGAGGCGUAUGGAGCUGGUGAACUCUGCAAAUAGAUUUGUUCCUUCAAUUGAAAAAGACAUAUCAAAGUAUGUCAACGCGGGCAACAAAUUGUUAGCUCAUCAAAUCACUAACUACAAGUUCAGUGUCACUGGUCAUGGUGAUGUUGCUACGGUGGAUCUACAAAGAAGAAUUUGUACUUGUAGAAUUUUCGACUUGGACAAAAUACCUUGUCCACAUGCCAUGGCAGCGCUUCGAGCCCAAUAUGGUGCCGAUUUUGGAAAUCAGAUUUAUGAGUACUCCUCUCCAUAUUAUUCAGUGGAAAAAUACAUAGUGACAUAUUGUGAGAAAAUUCACCCGGUGCCACCUGAAGAUUCUUGGAUCGUCCCUUUGGAUGUCAUAGAGAGAGAAAUACCUACUCCAUAUGUUGAUCCAAGCAAACCUGGAGGAAGGAGAUUUAAGAGACGACGUGGAGUUGGUGAAUCAUUUCCAACAAGAAAAAAUAAGUGUUCCGUAUGUAGGGACUUUGGCCACAAAAGAACUACAUGCCCAAUUCGAAAUGCUCCAUAA